AUGGGCUACUAUGUCUUCCAGAUCAUUUGUAACCUUGCCGUUUCUCUCCUACUGCUAUCACUUGGCAUCAGCGGCACGACAAAUGGGACUGAGAUGAAUUGUAUUUCAGUGAUCAGAGUGCCACGAAACACAGUGUUUAGAGCUCCUGUUAUGACAGAGUUGAAGAUAAACUGUACUUUAACUCUACAAGGAUGUCACAGGAACCCAAGAGUCUCAUGGUGCAAACUCAAUGGAAGUGACUGUAAAGCUUUAAAUUACUCACAUCACAUAAGAACUGAAUGGAAGAGCAUCACAGAACAUGAAUGGGUGGCUUUCCUGAUUUUUCUGAACAUCUCAAUGGAGGAUACAGGUUCCUACAGAUGUAAAGAAGGUGACACAUCUGUAAGCCAUACUAUUAAUGUCACUGUGACAGAUAAAAAUGAGAAUGAGGUGUCACGCAAUCAAAGCAACACACGUGAUCGGAAUUCAGGUGAAAAGGAUGAUCUUAAGUGGCUCUGGCCAUAUGUGUACAUCUGCAGUGGAAUAACAGGGCUGGUGGUCAUAGUUAUAACAGUAACAUUACUUAUUAUCAGAAACCAAGGGACAAAAUCAACAAGAAAAGAUAUGACGACUAAAAAUCAGAGCAAACCUCAUCACAACACCCAUUCCCCCUCUGUUCAGCUGACCUCUGCUUUAUAUCGUGGCUGUGAAACUCCACCUGUCAGAGGAGCAUCAUCAGCUGGAAGAGUUUCAGAUGGUAGCCACAACGCAGUUGACACAGAAAGAGAAGAAGAGAAUGCUCUGGUGUAUGCUUCUUUGAAUCACCAGGCUAUGUCAAGAGGGCCGAGAAGAACAGCACGACAAGAACCAGAACCUUCAGAAUAUGCGGCAAUCCGGUUCCGGUGA